CGUGCGCACUGCCGCCUCUCCCCGCUCCGCGGGCCUCGCCCGCCGCCGGCAUGGGGGACUACGACGAGGCGACGGCCUUUCUGGGCGAUUGGGGCCCCUUCCAGCGGCUGGUCUUCUUUCUGCUGAGCGCCAGCAUCAUCCCCAACGGCUUCACCGGCCUGUCCAUCGUCUUCCUGGCGGGGACCCCGGAGCACCGGUGCUCGGUGCCGGCGGCGGCCAACCUGAGCGCCGAGUGGCGGAACCACAGCAUCCCGCUGGAGGCGCGGGGCGCGGGGCGGGGGCCCAGCCGCUGCCGCCGCUACCGGCUGCAGGCCCUGCGCAACUUCUCCGCCCUGGGGCUGGCGCCCGGCACCGACGUCGACCUGGCCCGCCUGGAGCAGGAGAAGUGUCUGGACGGCUGGGACUACGGCCGCGACGUCUACCUGUCCACCGUCGUCACCGAGUGGAACCUGGUGUGUGAUGAUGACUGGAAAGCUCCACUAACUACCUCCUUAUUCUUUGUGGGUGUGCUUAUCGGAUCCUUUGUUUCGGGACAGCUCUCAGACAGGUUUGGCCGGAAAAAUGUCCUGUUUGUGACCAUGGGCAUCCAGACGGGCUUCAGCUUCGUGCAGGUUUUCUCGACGAGCUAUGAGAUGUUCUCGGUCCUUUUUCUCAUCGUGGGCAUGGGCCAGAUCUCCAAUUACGUGGCGGCUUUUGUCCUCGGAACAGAAAUUCUGGGCAAAGAGGUUCGCAUCAUAUACUCCACAAUAGGUGUGUGCAUAUUUUAUGCCGUGGGCUACAUGUUGCUGCCCCUAUUCGCUUACUUCAUCAGACACUGGCGGAUGUUACUACUGGCUCUUACAGUGCCUGGACUGUUCUAUAUCCCACUGUGGUGGAUGGUCCCUGAAUCUCCUCGGUGGCUUGUCUCUCAAGGAAGAUUGAAAGAAGCAGAAAUCAUCAUCCAAAAUGCUGCAAAAAUGAAUAAAAUCGAAGCACCGUCAACCCUGUUCAGUUUGGAAGAGCUGCAAGACCUGACUCCUGAGGGGCAGCCAUCUCACACCUUUCUGGACCUGAUAAGGACCCAGAACAUUCGACUGAUCACCAUUAUGUCAGUAGUUUUAUGGAUGACCAUAUCGGUGGGUUACUUUGGUCUCUCCCUUGACGUUCCCAACUUGCACGGUGAUCCGUAUCUGAACUGUUUCCUCUCUGCGUUGGUGGAGGUUCCCGCGUAUAUCUUUUCCUGGGUCCUCCUCCGCAAAAUGUCCCGGCGGAUUUCCCUGUCCGCCUCCCUGUUCUUGGGAGGAGGCGUCCUGCUCUUCAUCCAGCUGGUGCCCGCAGAUUUAAGUCAACUGUCUAUCUCUCUGGUGAUGUCUGGAAAGUUUGGGAUCACCGCUGCUUACGCCAUGGUUUACGUAUACACGGCUGAGCUGUACCCGACCGUAGUGAGGAACAUGGGGGUUGGGGCCAGUUCCAUGGCCUCACGGUUCGGCAGCAUCCUGUCUCCGUACUUCGUUUACCUCGGUGCUUAUAACCGGUUCCUGCCUUAUAUCCUCAUGGGAAGUCUGACAGUAAUGACAGCGAUUUUGACCUUGUGCUUCCCAGAAACCUAUGGACUUCCCCUCCCACAGACCAUUGAUCAGAUGUUGAGUGUCAGAGGAGGCAAAUCCAAGCUAAUACCCCAGAGUAACAAAGACAUCUCAAAAGAGGAUGAAGAAGAUGUGACCAUCUUUAAAUCUACACCCCUUUGAGGAAAUCUCCACUUUCUGGAAAGUCGAACUGAAAACUCAAGACUUUGUCCUGCUCAGAAGGCCUGGGGAUAACACUAAGUGCCCUGUAAUUUCAUAUCUGAUAUUUAUUAAAUUGAGGCAGUUUUCACAUUGCUGUGGAUGUCAGUGCUUAAAAGAAACUCCAAUUUUAAUCGAACUAAUGACAUUAGGAAGGGGAAAGACACUAAUGAGCUAUAUGUGGUAAAUUUCUACAUUAAUUUCCUACUGCAAGAAAAAACCACUAAUGGAAUAAGGAAUUUCUUUACUUCCUUACCCUUCCCCGGUUAGAGACAGUGUGCAGCAGUAGUGGACAGGAAAUAACUUCAGCCAACCAUUUACUUUCUGUCCCUGUACCUUUAUCAAGAAACACACCCCCUGGGCUGGGGAAAUCUGGCUGUAUUUUAGGUGGAGACCAAUUGCAAGUAUCUUCUUGGACGGAAGAUGAGCUGCCUGAAAGAAUCUGCUAGCAAAAGUCCUUCAAUCCUCUGGGAAGGCUGCGGGGGAGAGUGUUUACUUGUUGGCAAGGAAUCGAGCAAUUCCAGGUCUACUUAAAAAAUAGCUCAUUUUGAACCUGCACCAGAAUUUCUCACUUUCCUUUGCCUGAGAUCAUUAGGUUGAACUUUGGGCGGCCUCUCGGAGAGGACAGGCUUUCCUGAGGUCAGUGAGUCUGUCGCAUCCCUCGAGGACCUGGAUGUAUUCGACAGUCUCGGGUUCAAGGCCCCGUAUCACGGUCUGACUUGAGGGAGCUGGCCCUGGGAGACCCCAAUGGGGAGAGAGCUCUGCACAGCUUUUAGGGAACAGUCUUCUCCCAGUAGUUUGUUCCUUUGCUCACCGGGGAGACUACUAGGCUCUGGAACUGGGGAGCUUGCCGUAGGGGAAGGGAGCCCCCCAAAGAGGUGUUUAGAGUCGUUGCUUUGGGGUCUGCGGGCUCACAUAGCUGAACCUUUGGCCUUUCCCACCUUCCCAGCACAGAGUCUUAGCAUCGGGUUCUGUGGCCCCCCGAGCUCAGUUACUGAAAAAAUCCUUUGGGCCCAAAGGGAAAAAUGAUCAUUCCAUUGACUAUGGGCUAUGACCUCCUGACAGAGGCGUUGGAGUGCAGGAUACUUCAGAUACCAGGAGAACCUAAUAGGACCCUGAGAAGAAUCUAUUUGAAACAUCAGGUGUGGAUUUCUGCCAAAAUCACAAGACAAAGUAUUGCACCAUGUUGAUUUUAAUAGAUUAUUUUUACUUCACCUCAUGUGACUGUAUCUCCUAAAUAAAAUAGUUUUGGAAUAAAUCAAUCCAAAUCCUGA